ACAUGAAAAUUUUGGUAAAUUAAUUUGGGAUGACAGUUUCAUUGAAAUUGAGGAAGUUUUGUGUACUUUAGAUUAAAAACGUGUGCACAAUGAAAAUUGAAGAGCAAAAAAUGGCUGGUAAUAUUUAUUUCGAAAACUGGACGCCAGAUCAAGUUGCCGAAUGGCUGAGAGGUCUCGACAUGGACGAUGCUAUGAUUCCCUACAUGCACUACUUCCUGGCGAGUGCUGUGGACGGCAAGAAGCUGAUGGUGAUGACUCACUCUGAUCUGGAGAAGUUGAAUGUCCUCAAAUUUGGUCACCAGGAGCUCAUCCUUGAGGCUAUUGACCUUCUUAAAAACCUGAGGUACGGCUACGAGACAGAGAACCUUCAGACUCUUGCCCUACAGCUCGGUUGUAAGGCCCGCAGUUUGAAGAGUGAGGUCCGAGCCCGCACUAGUGAGAAUGACCGUAACCGUGCCAACAUCCACACCAAUGAGGUCAGGACUCGCAAACUGCCAAUAAAUAUUCUAUCCACCGUCGCUGACCUUGUGGCGAAGUUGAAGAGUCUGGUGGGCUGGAUGGACAAGGCCCCUUUUAGCGGGUUUCAUGACCUGUGUCUGACCCGGAACUCCAUCGUGAAGCACGGGCUUGACCUUAUCAGUAUGUGUCAGCGCGAGAUGUCACUGGUAGACUUUGAGUAUAACAUAACCAACACGACAACCCUGCUAUCAGACAUAUGCGAGAAGCUGGUUAUUGGUUCCCCAGAGAGUCCACUUGACCCACUGUAUCUGCAACCAGCUGCACUUGAGCUGGCAACCAUCCGAAAGAAACAAGGGGAAGAAUUGGGAAUGCACUUGCUGUUCUCCUACGAUGGUGUACAUGUAAUUAGCGGCGUUAAAGACAUGUCCCCAGCUGACCUCUGUGGAAAGAUUGAAAAAGGAGAUGAGGUGAUACAGGUCAACAAUCAGAUCGUGGCAGGCUGGUCACUGAAAAAGCUGGUAAAUCUUCUCAAGGAGAACCCAAAGGAGGUGACACUUCUGCUGAAGAAGCGCCCGCGACACAUCGUCCCUUACGGGCAGAUGCCCAACAAACGGCAGGCACAGGGUCAGGUCUCCACGCUGCCCAAAUCUCGCAAGAAAUUGCGGUCCCGUGACGGAGAUUCUACGAAGCUGCGGCCUUCUUUACAGGAGCUUGUGAAUUCUGUUCCAGGCGCAGGCGAACAUGAAGAUAUGGACUCCCCCAAAAUUGCUUCAACUAUGAGAUACACAAAAGAGGUCAAUGACGGCAAUGACACAGACAAUGACGUGUUCCGUAGUGGCUCAGAGUCCCCUCAGUUCACCCAGUACACAUUACCCGUGCAGCCUGACACCAAGCAGCGCCGCGCGACUGUGAGCGGGGGGUCCCCACCCCUAUCCCGCCCCUUGCUGGUCAUUGAGGACAUUGACACACCCACCCGGCCCAAGUCCUUCACCAUUCCCAGCAGCACUGGAAGCAUGCCACAUGAGAUCAUCAUAAACUCCCCAUCCGGUGAAAAUUUAUCAGAGUUGAGCAAGCUGGCAUCUGCGCUGGAAAAGCGUCAAGAAUACAAGACAAAGUCUACCCCGCCAUCUCUAGAAUUCAGUGUCCGUAAACCAACACCUAAGAUUGUGGAACCCAAGACGCUGGAUGUUCCAGACAUACAGUUCAUCAUGAGAAAGGAGACCAAGGCAAGCUCUGAUAGUGCCAGCAGUGGUAAAACUCCUCCAAAAAGUGCUGACACUAAGGAUAACGUGUCUAAGGUGGGAAAAUUAGAGGCAGAGAAAGGUAAAGACCAUCAGAAAAAAACAGCAGAAAGCGUUCACAAACAUGCAGAGAAAAGCCCAAGCACAGACAGUAAAGAUGAAAAGGACAUCAAAGUCGUGAGCAAUGACAUUGAGGACAAGAAAGUAAUCAAAAGUGCCAACAUUCACAAUAAACAAAGUGAGGCUGCUGUUGAUGACUCGCAAGACAUUCGGGUGUCUGACAGUCAGAACCUGACCCCUGAUAACCCCCUUGACAGCUCCUCAGACUCUGUUGCUAUGAGUGAGAGUUCAAUUAAUUACUCACAAACAUCCGUGGAGAGUUCCAUUCUUUCCCAACCCCCUGAUGUCGAUGACCAUUUCCACUCCAGCGACAAGGAAUCCCUCGCACAGCUCUCAGACGGUGUAACCUCUCCGCCCCUUUUCCCGCCUGCUCCCCGAUCAUUGGAGGCCCUCACCCAACGCACUCCACCACUGAGGCGAACACCAAACCGCGAGGUUGCGGGAUCUGAUUUUGAUAAAAAUCAGCCCCAGUUGACGAAAAUACGGAAAAUUGGUUCUGUGCAUUCCAUGUCAAGUUUGGAAGUGCCCACUGUUUCCCCGGCAGGACAUAAGGACCACAAGGAGAAACAUGUUGGCUUUGAAGGAGUGGACUCUGACAAGGAGGGGGACCCCAACAACAGCUAUGUUUGCCGGAUAGUAGGGGGUGUUGUACAGAAGAUCCCAGUCGAGUCGCCAAGCACUGUUCAGCGCCGACAAAAGACUGGUCGGAAACGAGUUAAUCGUCGUAUCUCUUGCAAGGACCUGGGAACGGGGGACUGCGAGGGGUGGCUGUUUAAGCGGCGCAACAAGAAUAGCGUGUUUCAGAGUAACUGGCACACCCGCUGGUGUGUUAUCAAGGAGUUCAACUUCUUCUGUUUCCACGGCCAAGAGGCUUUGAAGGCAGAGGUUGUGAUUCACCUACCGGCAUUCCGUGUAUCACCAGUGGAAAGCUCUGUCCUCAAAACCAACAAAUAUGCGUUCAAAAUCCACAAUGCAGGCACUAGCUUCACAUUUGCUUCUGACAGACAAGAAGACAUGAGCAAGUGGAUGAAUCGCAUGGGUCUGGCAUCUAUCAAUCUAAAACGAGAGGUAAAGGUGGAUCCAAACCGCAGCCCUUACUGCAGUGAGAGCGACUCUGACAGCUCCAGCCACCAGGGUUCCAAAGAGUCCUCCCCUGCACCUUCCCCUCAAAUCUCAAGGCACAAACAGUCCAGUCUAGCGGUUGCGCCUACUGAUUUGCGCGCCAGUCAGGAGGAUCUUCCCGCGAUGUUGCGCAAGUCAUCCCAGCGCGGACAAAGUAUCCUGGGGGAAGACAAAAAUAAACAACGGAGAAAAACCAUUACUAAGGAGUUUGCGAACAAAGUUUCUCCUGAAGUGAUUGCUAUGAAGAAAAAGGGUGCUUUGGAGCGGACAUUAAGGGCGAAAGAAAUGGAAUUAGAAGAAAUCGACGCCAUUCUGACCAGUAAAUCACCAGAGAAGCUUCGGUCUUUCAAACAGUCGCUAGACAAGAGACAGCAACCUGAGUUAACGACUAAUAUCUGAGUCGAGCCUUAAGGCCAUGUGUUGUUGUGGUUAACCCUUUCCAACUCAGAACCAAAGUAAAAAUGGUUAUGUGCAAACAGCAUAAAACCAGAACAGCCUGCGAGUAAAACGCAGUCUGUUCAGUUGUUAUGCUUUUUGCUGCCCAUCAGUAACUCAGGGUUGGAAACCAAGCCUGUAAAUCUUGAAUAUGUUAAGAAAGGACUUAAAUUCAAUUUGAUUUUCUAAAGGACUUCAAAUGCGUCAAAGUGUGUUUCUGAGUGGUAAAGGGUUUAGUUAUGAUAAGUAACAGGUACACUAGAGUAGAGUAAGACCUAUUUACCACUAUAGUGGGUUGAAUAAUAUAUGAGGCUUAUUCUGGGAUAAUUGGAGUUAAUGCAUGGUUUAAAAGUCAUCAAAGACUAACUUGUGCAGUCAAGUUUUCGCAAAACAAGGCUACCAUCAUGUGCAGAGCUGGCAUGAUUGGCAAAUUUUACUCAAGGAAACAGAGUAUGAGCUAAAGUGAUGUGUCAAUAAUUUCAGAAACAAUGUCAAUUUUUUAUGUGAACAAAGGUUUGCUGCAAAAAUUUGAUGGAUUCAUCCUUCAACACUAUUUAUGUUUUUAUUGCAGUGGUCAUUGUAGUAAUGUUCAAUGGUUCAAUUGUAGGAGGUGCAAAAUAUGACAUAAACAGAUGUGUAUCAUUUAAAAAAAUAAUACGCUGAUUUGUAUGUGAUGUAAGAAAUGAAGUAUAAGGUUGCUUCAAAAUAUUAUGGGAUGUGGUGAAAAUGUCAGGCUGGAUUGCAUAUAAGCCGUUUUGUGAGAAAAUAAGGCUUAAUGCAAGUGUGUAAAGUGUUGUCCAAAAUAAGCCUUUGCAGUCCGCACAGGCUAAUCAGGGACAACACUUUCUUCUUUAAAUUAAUUUUUACUAAGAAGAGACUUGUUAAACGAAAAUAAGCAUAAACAUGUUAAGUGUUUUUCCUGAUUAGCCUGUGCGGACUGCACAAGCAAAUCUGGGACAAUGUUUCACGCACAUGCAUUGAGUUUUUCUCAAAGCAAGGCUGAUAUAUAUCAUUAAAAUUGUUGCUCUAUAAUUUAAAUCAGUGUUUUGUGAUUUUGUUGUACAUGUAAUAUAUUUUUUACAUUUGUUUUUUUCAUUAUAAUUCUUCCAGUUUAAUGUAUUUGUUAUUAUGCUUGGUAUUUAUUUUUCUAAAUAAGAUAUAAAAAUUAUUGUAAAGAAUUAGUAUUCAGAUGCAAUCAAAGCUCUUACAGACUCAUAGUAGCCAGUUUAAACUGAUUAACAUGUUUAUGUCAUUUCAGAUAUGAUAUGUCUGCAUUUAUUUUAUAAACAGGAUAUGUAUAGAAAUAUAUUACAAUUAAUACUUUUGUUGCUUUUUUUAGCUCACCUGAUUGCUCAGGUGAGCUUUUGUGACCAGUCUUUGUCUGUCGUACGUCCGUCCGUCCUCUGUUAACAUUUGUUCGUAAACACUCUAGAGGCCACAUUUAUUGUCCGAUCUUCAUGAAACUUGGUCAGAAGCCUUGUCCCAAUGGAAUCUCGGUCGAGGGUCAUGCCAGGUCAAAAACUAGGUCACUAGGUCAAAAAAAUUAAAAAAAUUACAAAACACUGUAGAAGUCACAUUCCAUUCUCAAUCUUCAUGUAACUUUGUCAAAAUGUUUGUCUUAAUGAUAUGUUGGUUGAGUUCAAAAGUGGUUAAGGUCCAUUGAAAAACAUGGCCGCCAGUGGGCGGGGCAGUUUUCCUUAUUUGGCUAUAGAGAAACCUUGUAAACACUCUAGAAGUCACAAUUUUUGCUCAAUCAUCAUGAAAGUUGGUCAAAACAUUGGUUUUUUUAUUUCUCGCUCGAGUUCGAAAAUGGUCCAGAUCGGUGAGAAAACAUGGCCGCCAUUGGGCGGGGCAUUUUUCUCUAUAUGUAUAAAGUGAAAACAUGCCAACACUCUAGAAGUCACAUUUUUGGCCCAAUUUUCAUGAAAUUUUGUCAGAACUUUUGUUUCCUAGAUACGCGUGUUAAGUUUGAAAAUGGUUCCGGUCUGUUGAAAAACAUGGUUGCCAGGGGGACGGGGCAGUUUUCCUUAUAUUUAUAUAGUAAAAAGGCUUGCAAACAAUCAUGAAUUAAGGUCAUGUAACAUGCGAGACAACUCUUCUAAAUAUUGUAUUUAAGUUUACAGUAGUUACUCCCCUUUGAUUAUUAAUGUUUUCAUAAUAAUACAGUGUAGUUGUGUUUCAUUUUUGUGUUAAUUUUUAUUCGAGGUUGGAUGUUUUUAUGCCCCCUUUCGAAGAAAAGGGGGCAUAUAGUGAUCAGACUGUCCGUCUGUACAUCCGUCCGUCUGUCUGUCUGUCCGUCAGUCCCUCUUUCCGUCACACUUUGCAUUUAGGUUUCCAAAAACGCUCAUUACUUCUAUGUCCCUUGAGAUAUAACCUUCAUAUUUGGUAUGCAUGUGUAUAUGGACAAGGCCUUUCCAUACAUACAAAAUUUUUAACCCCUGUGACCUUGACCUUGAACUUGGGGUCCGCGUUUAUGUUUCGAAAUCUGUGUUCAGGUUUCGAAAAAGGCUCAUAACUUCUAUGUCCCUUGAGAUAUAACCUUCAUAUUUGGUAUCCAUGUGUAUAUGGACAAGGCCUUUCCAUACGCACACAUUUUUUUUUCCUGUGACCUUGACCUUGAACUUAGGAUCUACGUUUAGGUUUCAAAAUCUGCGUUUAGGUUUCGAAAAAUAUCAUAACUUCUACAUCCCUUGAGAUAUAACCUUCAUAUUUGGUAUACAUGUGUAUAUGGACAAGGCCUUUCCAUACGCACACAUUUUUUUUCCCUGUGACCUUGACCUUGAACUUAGGGUCCACGUUUAGGUUUCGAAAUAUGCGUUUAGGUUUCGAAAAAUGUUCAUAACUUCUAUGUCCCUUGAGAUAUUACCUUCAUAUUUGGUAUCCAUGUAAACAUGGACAAGGCCUUUCCACACGCACAAAAUUUUUUGCCCCUGUGACUUUGACGUUGAACUUAGGGUCCGCGUUUAGGUUUCGAAAUCUGUGUUUAGGUUUUGAAAAAUGCUCAUUACUUCUAUGUCCCUUGAGAUAUAACCUUCAUAUUUGGUAUGCAUGUGUAUAUGGACAAGGCCUUUCUAUAUGCACACAAGUUUUUACCCCUGUGACCUUGACCUUGAACUUAGCGUCCGCGUUUAGGUUUCGAAAUCUGCGUUUAGGUUUCGAAAAAUGCUCAUAACUUCUAUGUCCCUUGAGAUAUAACCUUCAUAUUUGGUAUGCAUGUGUAUAUGGACAAGGCCUUUCCAUACGCACACCAUUUUUUAUCCCUGUGAACUUUACCUUGAAGUAAGGGUCCGCGUUUAGGUUUCGAAAUCUGCGUUUAGGUUUCGAAAAAUGCUUAUAACUUCUAUGUCCCUUGAGAUAUAACCUUUAUAUUUGGUAUGCAUGUUUAUAUGGACAAGGCCUUUUCAUACGCACACAAAUUUUAACCCCUGUGACCUUGCCCUUGAACUUAGGGUCCGCCUUAAGGUUUCAAAAUCUGCGUUUAGGUUUCGAAAAAUGCUAUAAAUUCUAUCAAAGCGUUUAUAGGGGGCAUAUGUCAUCCUAUGGUGACAGGUCUUGUUUUUAGCUCACCUGAUUGCUCAGGUGAGCUUUUGUGACUGGUCUUUUUCCGUCGUCUGUCCACAUUUGUUCGUAAACACUCUAGAGGCCACAUAUAUUGUCCGAUCUUUAUGAAACUUAGUCAGAAGAUUUGUCCCAAUGAUAUCUCGAUCAAGUUUGAAACUGGGUCAUGCUGGGUCUAAAACUAGGUCACUAGGUAAAAAAAAAAGAAAAAGCUUGUAAACACUGUAGAAGUCACAUUUAAUGCCCAAUCUUCAUGUAACUGUGUCUAUAUGUCUGUCUUAAUGAUAUGUUGAUUGAGUUCAAAAGUGGUUCCGGUCCAUUGAAAAACAUGGCCGCCAGUGGGCGGGGCAGUUUUCCUUAUAUGGCUAUAGAGAAACCUUGUAAACACUCUAGAAGUCACAAUUUUGGCCCAAUCAUCAUGAAAGUUAUUCAAAACAUUGGUUUUAUUGAUAUGUCGGACUAGUUCGAAAAUGGUCCAGAUCGGUGAAAAAACAUGGCCGCCAGUAGGCGAGGCAUUUUUUUUUUCUCUAUAUGUAUAUUGUGAAAACAUGUGAACACUCUAGAAGUCACAUUUUUUGCCGAAUUUUCAUGAAAUUUGGUCAGAACAUUUGUUUCUUUGAUACGAGAGUUGAGUUGGAAAAUGGUUCCAGUCAGUUGAAUAACAUGGCUGCCGGGGGGGGGGGGGGUCAGUUUUCUUAUAUUUAUAAAGUAAAAAAAAGCUUGUGAACACUCAAGAAGUCACAUAUUUUGCCCAACCAUCAUGAAACUUGGUGAAUAGAUUUGUUUUAUAUAUAUAUCUCAGAUGAUCGAGUUUGCAAAUGGUCCCGAUGGGUCAAUAACCAUGGCUGCCAGGGGGGUGGGGCAGUUUUCCUUAUGUGACUAUAUAGAGAGAAACCUUGUGAUCGAACACUAUAGAAGUCACAUUUUUUGCCUAAUCAUCGUGAAACUUAGUCAAUACAUUGGUUUUAUUGAUUUCUUGGACAAGUUGGAAAAUGGCUCAGAUCGGUGAAACACACUUUUUAGCUCACCUGAUUGCUCAGGUGAGGUUUUAGGAUUGGUCUUUGUCCGCUGUCCGUCCGUCCACAUUUGGUUUGUAAACACUCUAGCAUUCACAUUUCUCAAGCAUUCUUUAUCAAAGUUGCUGAAAGAUCUCAGUCAAGUUUGAUGAUGAGCAAAAUCACAUAAUUAAUGCCAUAAUUAUUGCCCUUAGAUUGUCCAAAUUUUCAUUAUAUUAUACAAAAUCCUUGUAAGCAAAGUUUGAUGUUUGGUAAGGGGGGUCAACUCAAAAUAUAGGUCACCAUUUCAAAUCUUACAAAAACAAAAACACUCCCUUCGCCAGAGUUUUGGUUCAAUAAUGAUGAAACUUGACCAGGAUGUUUGUCUGGUCAAUAUCUAGGUCAAGUUUGACAUUAGGGAAAGAUUGAAUGAACCGACUCCUCAGGUGAGCGAACUAGGGCCAUCUUGGCCCUCUUGUUUAAUUUUUGAAAGAUGCAGGGUCGGAUGAUUGGCUCUUUUACUAUCAAAAAUUAAUUUCUUAAGAACCAUUUCCAACUUGUGUUAUGUUGCACCGUAGUUUGUAUUUGCAUUAUUUUCUUCAUCCUAGAUAAAACCCUUUUUAAACACAAAAUAAAUGUUAAGGCUUGUGUGGCAUGUAACUCAAAAAGUAUGGGGCUUUUGUGUUCCCAUAUAUGUCUGGUUUCUGUGUAGAUUUGUAUUAAUCAAUAGAAAUGAAUACUAAUUAUCAAAUUAUCAAUCAUGUUAAUAUUAUCAAUGAUUUAUACAAACUGCAGGUAAAACAUUCUGAAAGUUGUUGCAUUAUGCUGUUUUUAUACGCCCGUCUAUGACGGGACGUAUUAUGGUAUACCCCGCGUCUGUCCGUCCGUCCGUCCGUCCGUCCGUCCGUCCGUCCGUCUGUUAAUGUCGUACGCUACGUCAAAUAUCCUUUGACAGAUUUUCUUCAAAUUUCAACACAAUCUUAAUAUUGAUAAACCCUGAUCCCCUUUCGUUUUUGACGGAAUUCUGAAUUGUCGUUCCAGAGUUAUGGGACUUUGUUCGUCAAAAUUUCGUGAUUUCAUUGAAUGUCCUACUGUAGCUCAAAUAUCCUUCGAUGGAUUUUUUUCAAAUUUCAACACAAUCUUAAUAUUGAUAAACCCUGAUCCCCUUUCGUUUUUGACGGAAUUCUGAAUUGUCGUUCCAGAGUUAUGGGACUUUGUUCGUCAAAAUUUCGUGAUUUCAUUGAAUGUCCUACUGUAGCUCAAAUAUCCUUCGAUGGAUUUUUUUCAAAUUUCAACACAAUCUUAAUAUUGAUAAACCCUGAUCCCCUUUCGUUUUUGACGGAAUUCUGAAUUGUCGUUCCAGAGUUAUGGGACUUUGUUCAUUUUUGCAGAUAUUACUUGUGUAUUCUUCUAAUUGCUCUAUGGACAAACCUCAAUCUAAAUUGAUGUUGCAAGAUGAUACAUUAUGCUCCAUUGAAAUAGUAUCCCUGAAAAAUUGAACAAGGUGAGCUUUUUUCUAUUCCGAUUGUACACUACCACUUACCCAUCUACAUUUCUCUUUUAUUAUUGGUCAAAAUAUCUAUAACAGGUUUACUUCAACUCCAUAUCCUCUAAAGAAAUGCAUACAUAUACUAAAAAAAAGAUAUGGUAUGAAUGUCAAGGAGACGGCGCUCCAUGCUCAUGUACUUAUAAAAUAAACCAUGUAUUCAAAUACAAAUAAACUGAAGUAAAAAAAUGAUUCAAAGGGUUAUUUAUUACCUUACUACUUCAUUGGCGAACGACGGGCGUAUCAUGCGCUCAUGGCGCAGCUCCUCAGUUAUUUAUUGUAUUUUAUGUUGUGAAAUAUUUACUUCUUUUCAUUUGUAUCUAGAAUUCUUUUUAGAUAAAUUCUAUGUCUGUGACUUGUUCAGAUUUAUAUUUCAUGUUGCAUAUUGAACAACACUGGUUAUUAAUUAUAUAUAAACUGUUUAGGAAAGUUUAUACCUGUAAUUCAAUUUUCUACUGUUGAUAGGAUUUAUUAUAUUAAUUGUAUUUCUGUUGUUGUCAGAUAAAUCGUAUUUAUCAUGUAAAUGUUUUUAAUUUUAUAUGUAUGUUGUUGAUAUUGGUAUUAAAUAUUAAGUACAAAAAAAAUAA